AUGGAAUCAUCUUCAAAUUUAUCACCAGAAAUUGUUGUUGGAAAAAAAUCAUUAGAAAUAAAAGAAGGUGAAUUACAAAAUAAUUCAAUAGAUAAAGAUAUUAAAAUAAUACCAGAAACAUGUUUAAAUUCUAAUGAAAAUUCAAUGCAAAAAAAUUAUAGUGAAGAUGAUGAAGAUUCAAAAGAUUUUUUGUCUACCAAUUCUUGUUAUUUUAUACGUCAAAGUAGUGAUACAAGUUAUAAUAAUAGAAAACUUACUAGAAGUGAAGCUUUAGAUGAUGAAAUUUGUGAUUAUGAACGCCCUACAUCAUGUAAUUUGUAUUCAGGAAUUUCAAAUAAUAAUAAAAAGAAUUUUGAAAUGUCUUCAUAUAUUAAUCAACAUACUAAAAUUUUUAAAAAUAUAAAUACAUCAUCAAAUUAUGUUCAAUUGAAUCAGUAUAAGUUAAUAGAAGAUAUUGGUCAGGGUAGUUAUGGAAUUGUUAAGCUUGCUUACAAUGAGAAAGAUGAAAAACAUUAUGCUAUGAAGGUAUUAGAUAAAAUGAAGUUACUUAAAAAAUUUGCAUGUUUUCGGCCUCUUCCUACAAGAAGAAGUAAAUCAUCACCAUCUACUAAAGCUAAUCCAUUACAAUUAGUUCAAAGAGAAAUAGCUAUAUUAAAAAAAUUAUCACAUCCUAAUAUUGUUAAACUUGUAGAAGCAUUAGAUGACCCAGAAGAUAAAUUUAUUUAUAUUAUAUUUGAAUUAGUUGAGAAAGGUUCAAUUAUUGAAAUUCCAACUGAUAAACCAUUAUCAGAAAAUAAGGCAUGGAAAUAUUUUCGUGAUACAUUAAGUGGCCUUGAAUAUUUACAUUAUCAAAAAAUUGUUCAUCGUGAUAUUAAACCAUCAAAUUUAUUAUUAUCUGAAACUGGUCAAGUAAAAAUUGCUGAUUUUGGAGUGUCUUGUGAAUUUGAAGGAAUAGAUGCAUUUCUAACGGGUACAGCAGGAGCACCUGCUUUUAUGGCUCCAGAAGCUUUAAUUGAGGAUGCUUCACAUUUUUAUAGUGGUCGAGCACAAGAUAUUUGGAGUUUAGGAAUUACAUUAUUUUGUUUUGUUUUUGGUAAAGUACCCUUUUGGGAUGAUUUUAUAAUAGCAUUACAUAAAAAAAUAAAAACACAAUCAUUAGAAAUUCCCAAUGAACCAAUUAUUUCUGAUACUUUAAAAGAUUUACUUCAUGGAAUUUUAAAAAAAGAUCCUGGUCAUAGGCUUAUGUUAGUCGAAAUUAAAAAUCAUCCCUGGGUAACAAAAGAUGGUAAAUAUUUAAUGUUAAGUGAAGAAGAAAAUUGUCAUUUAGUUACUGUUACAGAAGAAGAAAUAAAAAAUUGUGUUCGUAUAAUCCCACGUUUAGAUACAUUAAUAUUAAUAAAAUCAAUGGGACAUAGAAAAAGAUUUGGUAAUCCAUUUAGAUCAUCUUCAAAGUCUAGAACAAUAACAAAUCGCAAAUGUAGAUCUGUUAGAGAUACAAAUUAUUCUUCAAUAGGUUGUAAAAAUAUAGAAAACGGAAUUAAAUUACAUGGAAGUUUAAGUGAUCGACCAGAAUUAUCAAAAGAAUCUCAAUCAAUUGAUAUAAGUGAUAAUAACUCACUUGACAAAAAGAUAAAAGAAAUUUCAUUAAAUUAA